CACCUUUCUGUCGCAAGGGGGCGCUGAUCCUCGCUUGAGCCACGCCAGUGCCCGAGAGUACGUGACAGCUCUCAGGUCUAUAAUGAACGCCGGCGAGCGGCGGGGGAAGAGGGAAGACCAGCGAGACUAUCCCAAAAUCAGGAGGAAAAAGAAGAGCGGUUUGCACCGCGUUUACUAUCGUUUCAGGACGCCCUCCGCCUCCUGACCCCGUUCCAACCCCUUCUCCGCUGGCCGUAGCCGGGGGGCUCCCCCUAGGCAUGCCCUUUGUGACUUAAGGGGAUUCACCGCAAGGAGGAAGGCAGGCGGAGGGAACCAACCCAUGCUUUUUAAGCCAGCGGAGCGAAACCUUACUGCACAUUCUCGACAGGUGGAAAGCAGGAACACUGGCUCGUUUUUCUGAGUACACCUGGCAGCAACUCAAGAGAGACCCAAUUUUGCCAAAAUAAAAAGAACCAAAGACAGACCUACCAAUGAAGUGUGAAAAUUGCACCAAAAAGGAAUGUAGUAAAAAACAGAAGAACGAUGAUCCACAAAAUGCAACCGUUGAUGUUCUCAAUUCAAAUGAUGAAAACAAUGAGAAAAGUGAAUUCCAUAAGUUGGCUAAUGCAAAAAUAUUCCUUAGUGACUGCCUAGCUUGUGACAGUUGCAUUACAGCCGAGGAAGCAGUCAAAGUUUACCAGCAGAAUCCAAAUGAGUUCUUCCGUGUACUGAACCUUAAUAAGAAGUGUGAUACCUCAAAACAUAAAGUAUUGGCAGUGUCUAUAUGUCCUCAGUCUUUGCCUUAUUUUGCUGCUAAAUUCAAUCUCUCAGUAACAGAAGCGGCUAGGAGGCUUUGUGGCUUCCUCAAAAGUCUUGGAGUGCAUUAUGUCUUUGACACCGCAAUAGCUGCUGAUUUCAGUCUUCUGGAGAGCCAGAAGGAAUUUGUGCAACGGUACCGCCAGCAGAAUCAGGAAGAACAUGUUUUGCCAAUGUUUUCUUCUGCCUGUCCAGGUUGGAUCCAGUAUGCAGAGAGAGUCCUGCCCAGCACAGUAAUCCCACAUAUUUGCACUGCGAAGUCACCACAGCAGAUCAUGGGUUCCCUUGUGAAGAAUUAUUUUGCCAGGCAACAGCAUCUAUCCCCUGAUAAAAUUUUCCAUAUUGUGGUGGCCCCUUGCUAUGACAAAAAGUUAGAAGCAUCACGAGGAGACUUUUAUACCCAUUUGUAUAACUCUCAAGAUGUAGAUUGCGUUUUAACAUCAGGUGAAGUCUUCCAAAUGAUGGAGCAAAGAAAAAUAUCAUUGAAAGAAAUAACUGAGGUGUCCUUUGAUACCUUGUUUGGUGGCAUAAAAGAAGAGCUAAAUCGGCAUGAUGGAAGAUCAGAUGGUUACCUAGAGCACAUAUUUAAACAUGCUGCCAAGGAGCUAUUCAACACUGAAGUGAAGGAGCUCACCUACAAAAUAUUAAAAAACAAAGACUUUCAGGAGGUUACCCUAGAAAAGGAUGGUGAGACAGUGCUCCGUUUUGCAGCAGCCUAUGGCUUUCGAAACAUCCAGAAUAUGAUUCUGAAGUUGAAAAAGGGGAAAUGUUCCUACCAUUUUGUUGAAGUUUUAGCCUGUCCUGGAGGUUGUUUAAAUGGGAAUGGCCAGGCCCAGACUGAAGAUGGAAAACCAGAUAAAGCCCUUCUGAAGCAGAUGGAGGAUGUAUAUGCCACAGUUCCUGUUCAGAUUCCUGAAACCAACGGGCAUGUGCAGAAGCUUUAUCAGGAAUGGCUAGAAGGGAUGGAAUCCAACAAAGCCCAGGAAUCUUUGCAUACUAAAUACAGCAUGGAAAAACCACCCGCCAACAGUUAUGACAUCAAAUGGUGACCAAUCCGAUUAUAAGACAUGCAUCAGGAUUGAUGGACCUGCAGCACUGUCACAACUAUGCUAUCUAUGCACCUGAGAUCGGCACAACCUUGUAAAGCAUGCUCAGAACUGGAACUGCAUUUGUUUCCUCAUUGGGGUUGUGCAGAGUCAAAAUGCAACUGUCUCAGUGUAAAUGUGGUGUAUCUUUAUUUAACCAGAACUCUAGCCCAAUCAUCAAUAUGCCUGUUAAGGCAUAUUGGAAGGAAAAUAGGGCGUGUUACAAAGUGCUUCAAUGCUGACUCCUUCGGUACUCAAAGCCUAUGUGCCAAGAAUCUAAUACCAUGAAUGUGCUCAGAAUGAUUUUAGGUUAAAGUUUCACUUAUUUCAGACUUCAUAUUAUUACCAAACAUAGUAAGAUGCCAAAAUAUGAUAAAAACCGCCUACUACUAAUUUAGUGUCCAGAAAGUAAGGCCUAUUUUCUUAAUUAUGGCAAAAAAGAAUGUCUGUGUUUACACUAGUCUGAGAGAGCAGUAGGAACAUUGACCUCUGCUAGAAAUGAAUGUUCAUUUGGUCAGCUUUAUUUAGCUUCUUCAACUGUUCAGAGAACAGGGCCCUUUGCUCCUUCUCAUUGGCAUUGAUUUCUUCUUGAGAAUAUUGGGAUCCUGGUAUCAAGUCAAACCUGGUAAAUUCUUUUUGACGUUCAAAACUAUAUUUGGGGGGUUUGUGUCGUCAUCAACAAUGCUGGAAUGGAUUGGGGAAUCCUGAGUAGGCAACGAGUACUUUAAAUCAUUAAAUCAAGUGGGCAAAGGUCAAGCUAGAAUAGGCAAACAUCAUAAAACCAGAAUAUUUGGGGGAAAAGGGCUCACCUGAUUUAAGAUGUACUAUAAUUCUUUUCAGCAUGCCUAAUGCUGAAGUUCUAAGUGACGUUUUAAGAAAAUAUGGUUCAGUGACUUCUUCCUAGAAAUACUAUUAUGUUUUUGGAUUUUCUGGGACUUGUUAAAAUUUUAAUUGUGAUAGCAGUGUGCAUGCAGAUCAGUCACUGAUAAUCUUUCUAAAUAAGGUAGAUAUCAAGAGAGAUGCAUUAAUAUGUGGAAGAAGGUUGUAGUUCUAUUUAUCCCUAUUAUGGACUAUUCCAUUCAGAACUCUGCAUAAGCAGGCAAAACCUGAACAUUCAUUUUACCCCGGCAUCACACUGCCAAAGUCAUUGGAAUAAAUUAACACUCUGGAGCAGAAUUGCUAAAAGGAGAACAAGAGUAAGACUUCUUUCCAUGGAUCAUAUGCUGAAUAUGUAAAUACUGUUUAUUAGCAUGCGGUCACACCCCUCAAAGUUCAUGCAGCACUUGACCAAGAAGAUUGCUCUCUCUGGGAGAUGUCCUAGUAAACCCAGAUUUUCUUAGUAGACGUGAUAGGUUUAUAUUUUAAGAGCUGCCUAUACAAUACUGAGAUACACUUUCAAGUACAUGUUCAUUGAAAGGAAUGAUCAGCAGUUCUUAUGCUCCAAAAUAGUAAUGUGAAUCCAUUUUGCCCUAUUCUGAAUCACAUCUCUCAAACAUAUAUACAGAGUUACCCCCUUGAACGCUGUGCUCAGGAAGAAAAAAAAUGCUACAAAGAUUGAUGAUUCUUUUGUUCCAUUUCUGUUGUUCUUUUGUUUUGUGAGAUCCUUUGAAACUCUGCUACCUUUAGCCUGUCCCAUGUUUUCUUUUUCAUUAGAUGUUCUUACCUCAACAUGCAUAAGCUUGGAUGUGAUUUCACUAGGAAAUUCUUGGAUGUUCUUAAAUUGCCAGUUUAUAAAUUCAUAAAAUAGGGAUAUUAUUAUGACUUUUAUGUUGUGAAAAUGUAACCUUCAAAUGUGAGGUGGUUCAGUGGUAUCCCAACGAAGUCAUUCGAUUUUUACCCAGGACUAACUGAAUAGGAAAGAGACAUAGGAAAUCAAGCAAUCAUAAAGUGAUUUGCUUUUUGGCAUAGAGAUGUUGGGAAGAAGAGGUGCAUUUUAUGUACUAACUAUACAUAUGAAUUGGGCUACAAAACUGCAUAGCCUGUAUUCAUAAUAUCUUUGAAACAAGAAAACAGUAAUAUAAAAUAAAUACCAGAGUAAAAAUACAUACUUAAAUUUAUCUGCAUGGAGGAAAGGAAUUUAAAAUAGGCGAAGUACGUGUAGGCAUACAUUAAAAUAUAAAAGGACAUUCCCAUGCUACUUUUUCACAGCAUCAGCCCAUUAAGGUAUCAGAGAUGGGCCCGCAUAUUACACACACAGAUUCCUUUUUAUCACAAGAACAUUCUUCUGGGGCUGAAAGAUACUGGUGUUUUCUAAGAAUACCUUCAACACUUAUAGUUAUGCAAUUGAAAAGGAAUUUUGGAUGAAUGUACCCAAGCUUGCCUAAAUUUCUGAAGCAAGGCAAAAGCAUAGAAGCACAGUUUUUAAUACCUUCAAGUUAUGGUGGCAAUGUAAUUUAUUUCUAAUUGUGGGUGGGGGAGUUAUUCAUUGAGUUACCCUGGAUGUUUUGUCCUCCCCUCCCCCGCCCCAAUUCUGGCUUUUUUAUUCUGUUAUAAUGUGUUUGUAUAUACAAAUGGGCCACAUCCUAUGUUAAAUACUAGGGCUUACACACUCUGACAAUAGUUCAAAAGAAAUGUGUGAAAAUCCACCUUUUCUGGUGUUCAUUAAAGUAGCCAUAUCACUAAUACAAAAGACAAGAAUUUUGUGGAUCUUUAAUAGUCAGUUGGUUUAAUUCAUCUUUUUGCAGACUCAUACAGAAACCUGAAUAAAGACAGGCUGCUUUAAUGAAUAGCGAAGAGGUGCUACAUUCUUAGCAGGUCUUCUGAAUCAUUUUCAAAGGAUAUGCAACCUCUUUUAUAUAAUUUAACUUGAUGUUAUACAUAUUUUAACUGCUUGUAAUGUAUGUGCAUGGUAGACUUUGGAAAAUAUGGAUAUCAGUAAAAGAUUUUUAAAUAAACAGGUCCAGUGUUCAAAAUA